AUGUGGUCUUAUCUUUUCGGUUCCGGAGCGCCAAGCAAGAAUAAGGAUGCCCCCAAAAAAGCGAUCCUCGAUCUACGGGAGCACAUAACACUGUUGGGGAAGAAAGAAGCGCAUUUGCAGUCACAAAUUACCGUUCAGGAGCAAGCUGCUCGACAGCAGCUGGCGAAAAACAAUAAAGUUGGAGCGAAAAACUCGCUGAAGCGUAAGAAAACCUACGAGUCUCAGUUGGUUAAGAUUCAGGCACAAAUGGACUCACUGGAGCAACAGCUGUAUUCGAUUGAAUCUGCUAAUUUGAAUCUAGAAACCAUGAAGGCAAUGAAACAAGGUGCUUCGGCCAUGAAAAACAUUCACAAAGGCAUGGAUAUCGAUAAAGUGGACGAAACCAUGGACGAAAUCCGCGAACAGGUCGAACUGGGCGAGGAAAUUUCCGACGCCAUCUCCAGACCCUUGCACGCAGGUGCAGAAGUGGACGAAGACGAAAUCGACGAGGAACUCGAGGCCCUGGCUGCUGAAAAUGUCAAACAAGAAGUGGUACCUCCGCAGAAGCUUCCCUCUGUACCCCAGGACAAAGUUUCGGAGUGGCAAAGGCCACAAGAGGCGACAAAAGAGGAACAGGAAGACGAAGAAGAGGAAGACGAGGACGAGCGGGCCUUGCGUGAACUGCAAGCUGAGAUGGGCUUAUGA